AUGAUGCUGUACGAAAGAUCCAUCCUUACAGACAGACAUACCUCUGCAAAUAGACCAGAUCUACUAUUAUGGGAUAUUAAACAAGAAGUUUGGAUAGUAGACUUCGCAGUCACCAAUGACAAUAAUGUAGAGUCAACUGCCAGAAACAAGGUAGAAAAAUAUAGGGAGCUGGCUCAGAACCUCAAUGAGCAAUGGGGCCAAGCACAAGUAGAAAUCUGCCAUAAUUCCCCUCAGCUUAAAAAAUCUCUAGUGAAACUGGAUCUUAUGCAACCGUUGAUUGCUAAGAUGCAAAAGGCUGCUAUCCUUAAUACUUGUACAAUUGUAAGGUAGAUCAAUAAGGCAGUUGUUUGCAUCAUGGAUACAUUAUCAGACAUGAAAUCAUUGGGCAAACUGGACCAGAGCUGCUGCUGUAAUCUACGCGACUGCAAAACUAAGCAUAGGAAGAAUCUGCAAGUGCACAAUCUAGUACAUGACAACACUAAUAAACUAUUGUACAAAUGUGAAAUUUGCGACUAUAAGACGUGCCAAAAGAAGUAUUUGGAAAGGCACGAUCUAGUUCACAACAAAUUGAAUAAGAAACUAUACAAAUGUAAUAUUUGCGACUUCACCUCAUACCACAAAAAUAGCUUGCGAUCCCAUAGUAUAGUCCACGACACCACCAACAAAAAAUUGCUUGCUUGUGACAUUUGUGAUUACACAACUUACCGUAAACGGAAUUUAACACAGCACCAACUAGUUCAUAAUAGAUGUGGAGAGCUGCUCGCUUGUGAUUUUUGUGACUAUACCACAUACCGCAAACGAAGUUUGACAAAGCACCAAGCGAGUCACAACGGAAGUACACGCAUACAUGUUUGUGAUAUUUGUGAUUUUAAGACAUGCCUAAAGAGCAGAUUGUAUAACCAUAUGCUGGAUGUUCAUUCAAAACGCACCAAACCUCACAAGUGCAUGCACUGUGAUCAAGAUUAUAAUACAAUUGAGUCACUUGAGAAUCAUUACGUUCAAGCUCAUUCACUUGAAGCAAAUACCUUAGGUAUUAAGCGUGUAUAUUCUUGUAUAUAUUGUUCAUAUAGAACCAUCAGAUGUUCCAAUCUUACAUCUCACUUGAAAACACAUUCUGUCAGCGAUGUUACUUAUAAAUGCACUAUUUGUGAUUAUAAAACACUAAGAAAACACAGUUAUGAAAGACAUACGAAAACUCAUACAAAAGAGAAGGAUUUUAUAUGUACUGACUGUGGAAAGGAGUUUUUAAGGAAAAACUGCAUCGACGAACAUAUCUUGAGAUACCAUGGUUCAAAUGAGGAGCUAAUUGAAACGAUAACACACAGAAUACAGGCAUGUCAAAGCUGUGACUUCAGAACAGUCGUCAUUAAGGCUAUGGUAACUCACCAACGAAAACACAAGGAUUCUGAAGUAGCUAAUAGGUAGUGUCUGUCUUUAGCUUAAAAAUGCGCAAUUGCAUUUAUGCCUUACUACAACUGCUCAUAACUACUUCCGCGAAACGCCAGGAGUAUCGAAUAUUCGAUUGCGUUUGCAACUUUCAAAACAUAAAGAGUUUUACAGGGUGUUCCGCGAGGAAGUGAACAUAGCGAAAUUGUAGAUAGUUUGGGACCAACCUUUUUCAUAUCUGAAAAUGAAAAGUUUUAAAUUAAUUUUUAACAGUUAUAUAUUUAUCUAAACAUGCCAAAUAUCAUACAUCUCAGGCGAUUUUGUGUUAGCUGGACGAUUGAAAAAUCCGGGUUUUUUUAAGCUAUUUUAUAUUUCAACUGUAUCUACACCUUUUAAGCUGAACACUGAAAUGUUGAUAGAAAUAAGAUAUUCGAAUAAAUAAAAAAAAUCAAUUAAGAAACUAAACGAGGCGCGAUUAUAAUAAUAUACAAUAUAAUUAAUUUUUUACAUAGCUAAACAUUUGAUUAUUCAGCUCAAAAGGUGUUGCUUUUGUGGUUUACAACAGGGUUGACAAAUCGAGUAUGGCCUUGAAUUUUCUAACGGCUCGAUAACUACUCCAACUUUGCUAUUGAGCAAAAUUUCAUAACAACCGAUUUUUAUGAACCGGCUCAAUAGUGACUGGGAUAAUGUGACAUUGAAGAUUUGCCCUGUUUAGUUGAACUAAUUUAGAACAUUUCUAUUUUAAGAUACAGGGUACGAUAAAAGUUUUCCAAUAUGACUUAACAAACUGCAUGUUCAUGAGUGCAUAGUAGCCGCACACGGCACGCCUGUUGAUUUAGUUGUUCAUUCGUAUUGACAGUGUAAAGUGCGGACUAUGGCAUCGUGGUCACGUAGUGAGAUAAGGACAGUCUUACGGUAUAACUUUACGCGUAGUUAAGCAUAGACCAGUAUAACGCUGCAUUAAAGGAUGAUUGCCCCCAUCGUACUACUAUAUUCAGGUGCUACACAGAAUUCCAAAGGGGUAAUUUGACUCUGGAGGACGCUGAGAGGGAAGGAAUGCCGCGAACGUCAGUAACAGAGGAAACAUUACUGAUGUAAGGAAAAUGCUUGACGAAGAUCGGAAAGUGACAUACGAGCAGAUAGAGGAGACCUUACACCUUCAAGCACCAGGGAAUCAUUCAAUUCUGCAUGAACAUUCACACGUAAGGAAACUUUGUUCUCUCUGGGUACCACAUAGUCUGACGGAAGAGAAGACUCGACGAACGCCUUGGUGCCGAAAGAUGCUGAAAAUGUUUGAUAAGGGGCAAUCUCGGUAUGCGAACAGAAUCGUGACAGGUGAUGAGACUUGGCUCUAUUAUUACGACGUGCCGACCAAGGCUCUAAACAAAAAGUGUCGAUCUUUAAUGAUUAGGACACACCUGUAGCUGUCAGAAAAUCCCGAACUGUUAAGAAAGAAAUGAUAGCUGUAUUUUUCAAAUCGGGCGGGAUCGAGGAGCGUCUCGGUUUGGAUACACAGAAGACAGUCACAGCUAAGUGGUACACGGAACAGUGCCCGCAUAAAGUCAUCGAGUCUAUGAAAAACUUGCGGCCAAAGUCAAGAAUGGGCACUUGGUACCUCUAGCAUGACAACGCUCUAUCUCACCGCACUAAAGCCUGCACCGAGUAUUUGACCAUAAUUGGACUGAAACUUUGAAACUUAUUGAACACCCUCCUUACAGUCCAGAUCUUGUUCCCUGCGACUUUGCACUGAUUCGGAUGUGAAAAUGAAGUUAAAAGGAACACGAUUUUUUAGCGAUGAGGACCUUCUGAGGGCUCGGGACAACAAGUGUGCCGCACUCCCGGGUGAAAUUUGGCAGAGCUGGUUCAAGGACUGGUUUUGGCGGAUGGAGACGUGUAUUGAAUGUGGUGGAAAUUACUUUGUCAAUAAAUAAAGCUGCAUUGCAAAACUUUUAUGGUACCCUUUGUAUGAAAAGGACUCGGUCCAUACUACCUACUGUUUCACCAUGUCUGUGCCCUCACGGAACGUCCUAGUUACACGGAGAAUGGGCCAAUUAUUAUAUUAUAUAUUAAUCAAUCGGUAUUUUGAGGAUAUACUCGUAGUUGCUCCACUGUUCUUGCUCAUAUUAUGGAUGAAGUUAUAGAAGCUCAUGAUAGAGGACAUUGCACAACAUUAGUUUUACUUGAUUAUAGUAAAUCCUUUUAUUGCAUUGUCCACACUACGAUAGACAUUUAGAAAUCAAUAGGAGUCAAAGGCAACAGCGCGAACGGGAAGUUGCAGAAAGUUGAAAAUGUCAGUCGCGGAGUUCCUCAAGGAUGAAUUAUUCACAUUAUCUACCAAAAAAAUUACAAAGCACCUUGAAUUCUGUUCAUCGCACAUGUAUGCUGAUGACGCUCAGUUUUACAUCACAUUUCCUGAUACAAACUGGGCUGAAGCUUAAGAUAGGACAUAAAAAAACAUUAGCACAUUCAUCUGCAGACCAUAAGCUUCUGUUAAAUCUAAACAAAUCUUCCGUAGUGCUAUUCUGAAGUAAUCACAAUUAUAUUAGUGAUAAUUCACCUAUAAGAAUCAAAACCCCGCUAAAAAUCUGGGACUCAUAUUUGACAAUAACUUACGAUUCAAAAAACACAUUGAAAAGUGUAUUCAAAGGAAAUACUUUUCCUUACAUGUGAAGCGAUUAUGCUUUGUGCAUCUCUGAUCUUAUUAGAGUUCUCAUAUGGUAUUCCUGUUAACUCCCCUUGCGUAGAACAUGAAACAUCUACUUGGAUACAACGAGCUCAUAAGUGAGUGAAUAUGAAACACCAUAUCGAGGUACUCAUAUUAUGAUCUUACCAUAAACUUCUGUCCACCAAGAACCCUCCUUACAUAUAGGUACAAUAAAGUAAAGUUCAAAAGCAGUACUAUAGAAAUAGUGUUUCGGCUCAUAAAACGACAGUAUACCAAAGAAGUUUCAAAUAUAAUAUAUUCAAUUCAUCCCUAGAUACCCAAACCUUGUAUUUAUCUAGUUGUAAGAAUGCUGUGAGGAAAAUGUAUUUAGAUGUAUGUGAUUAGUGUUGGUCGUAUACUGUUGCACUCCAUGCCGUAUAUAACGUAUGUAUCUUUAGUUAGGUUAUGUAAUAUUAGUGUUAUAUCGAAUUUUUUCAUUAUAAAAAUCAAAAUAUGUAACCUAUUAUAGAUAUUCAAAUCAAACUUAUGAUUCUCAGUUAUGAAUAUAGAUUAUGUGAUUUUAUCUCUAAAUGGCGUGCGGAAGAGAACCCUGAGGUGAACUCAGCCUUUUAUUGGGCAUCUAUUUUAUUUGAGCAUUUAUUCUGUUAUAUGUAUAUCGUACUUGUAACCUUGAAUGUCCAAAAUAAGGGUAGUAAGCAAUUCUUGCAUAUUCUAUCUAAGAUCAGUAGGAACUUUACGGGAUGUCCCGACAUUAGGUCAGGUGUUAAUCUUAAGUUUGUCGUAAUAGAAUAGACAACAUUUCAAUACAUAUUCAGCAUUGCACGUCGAUUAGUUAGCUAUCAUUCCAUCUAAAAGAACGUGAAGUCUUGUAAAUUGAUCAUGGUGCCAUUUUGGAAGUUGGACAACUGAAUGUUAUGUCAAAAAUGUUUUGUUUUCCGUUCCGCGUAUAUAUACGUAUAUAGUGAUUUUUCAAAUUUAGUAUCAUCCCUACAUGCACGAUAUAUACUGAGAACCUAAAUGAGUGACACAUAGAUAACCGAUAUUGUAUACACAUGUAAUGCAUAUGUAAAAUAUACAAAAACGAAAAAGGCAAAAACUAAUUUUAUUUCUGUGCAUAGCUUUUCACUGAUAGAUAUGGUUUACAACCAACACUAAGAAAAUGGGAAUAAAAAAGCAAACCCAGUGAUAUAUUCACAUUAAUUGGAAUUAUACUUUAGGUCCAGUCCGAAG